AUGGAAACUCCAGUCACAUGGGCGUCUCUGCCACAUAAGGGCCAACUCGUGGUGCUUAUUUUUGCGCGGUUCUGUGAGCCUCUAGUUCGCACGUCUAUCGUGUCGUACAUAUACUAUCAAUUAAAAUCGUUUGACCCAGCUCUGACACCCAAAGAGAUUGUUGAACAGGCAGCCAUCCUGCAGACUGUAUUCACUAUCUGCCAAUGCUUUACGGCUCUGAUAUGGGGGAGAGUAGCAGACUCACCCAGAGGAGGCAGGAAAUUAGUUCUCAUCAUCGGACUAUUAGGCUCCAGUAAGGCCCCUGGCUUGCAUGGCGGUAUCCAGACUGAUUUUGUAGUGUUGAGCUGCGUCGCAUUUGGGUUCGUAAGCAACUUCACCCAGGCCGUGAUUGUGCGUGCCAUUGAGGGAUCAGUCAAUGGAAACGUUGCUGUGAUCAGGACGAUGGUGUCUGAAAUUGUUCAAGAUCAACGAUACAAACAGCGGGCAUUCUUGUUGAUGCCAAUGGCAUUCAACGUUGCCGUCGUAAUUGGCCCUGUUUUGGCUAGUAUGGUGGUGGACUCCUCCGAUUCCCAGAUUAAAGCGUCUCUAGAUGCUCCGUUGCUCAGCCGAUAUCCGUUCGCUAAACCUGCUCUGCUCAACGGAGCUGUUCUAUUAACACUUAAGCCUCUCCGCAAUAAGCAUGAUCACGGGCUACAUAUCGCACACAUGCUUUCAAAGAUGUUCCGUACGACCAAAAAGGAAGCUCAGUACUCGCAGGUGCCUUUUGAAGAUCUCUACGAGGAUGAGAGUGAAAUGUUAUUGGAGCCACUCGAACCGAAAGAUACCAACGCGCAUGUCGAACCUGCAAUCCUGCCUCUCCGCCGCAUGUUCACACGGAACCUCUGCCUCACAAUCGUCUGCCAAGGCAUUCUCGAGGGCCAUAUUGGAGCAUACAACACGUUGUGGCCGAGUUUUCUCAGUCUGCCGGCCAUUGGCUGGCGUACAAACAAUGGGCAGAAUCCCUUCCAGUUUUCUGGAGGAUUGGGUAUGCCGGUCAGGGAUGUUGCCCUUUCAAUGGCUCUGCUAGGACUGGUCGGCAUACCCGUGCAAGUGUUUGGCUACCCACGAUUGUCCCAGAGGUUCGGAACCAUGAAGUUGUGGCGCAUCUUCCUUUUCGGUUUUCCGCUAUGCUACUUUAUGACGCCUUUCACGGUUAUCUUACAGUCUAUAACAUCACCCUCAGCACGGGGAGCGCGCGCCACAGUCUGGGCAAUUAUUGUUGUAGUACAGGCACUAUCGGUGGUCUCAGGAACGUUUGUACUUCCUGCGCAAAUAAUGCUGACGAACAAUGCAUCGCCACAUCCUACGGCCUUGGGGAGAACGCAUAGCGCGGCAGUCUUACUGUCAUCCUUUUCUCGGUCAAUUAGCCCUAUGCUAGGUGGUGCCGUCCUUGGUUACAGUUCAGAGCGAGGCAUGACAGAAUUAGCGUGGUGGCUGAUGUGCAUGGUUGCUUUGGGCGGAUGCGGGCUCAGCUUCCUUGUCCGAGAAGGAACUGGACACGAGAUAUGGCUCCCUGGCGACAACGAUGAGGAGUCCGAGUGA